UCCGUCCCAACAGACACGUCGUUCUUGUAGGCAGCGGUUGUUAGCGAAAAAUCCUACUCAAAUACGGUAAACCUAUAAUGAAUAUUGGGGACUAACUAACGCCGAGACAUGUUGUGAAAAAAGACAUUUACACCCGGAUUCAGGAAGAGUUUCUUUUCAAAAGCGUGUUAGGAGAUCUUGGUGAAAUACUGCAACCCCUGGACAUAAGAAGCAUGAAUUUAAAUAAUUAUGUGGUUCCUAACAACAGGACCAGAUCUUUCAAGCUCAAUUCCAGGAACCUGCACAAACUGCAAUUGGACACUGCAACACUGGCCAGUGAGAGCAAGAAUAUGGAGGAGAAACUUAAACAGUUGAAAGAAAGCAUGAGUAAAGAGAAGGAGGAGAGAAGGCAUUUUAGAGACUUAAAGUGGAAAUUUGGACAAUGUAUUUCUGCCAUCAGUAACCCUCAACCAAACAGCUUCAAGAAGACCAAUGACAACAAAGUCCAAAAACUUCUAGAAGGAAAAAUGAAGAUCAGAGUUUUGAAGGAUGAACCACUGCCAGCCCCACCGCCGACGUCAUCUUCAUCUUCAGUCCCUAAUGCUGGUCUUGGAAUGACAAAAAGAACCAGAGUCAAGGGAACAAUCUCCAGAAAAUGUGAAGUCAAAUCAACUAAAUUAACAGAUGCACAGGCUCAAGUGAUCAGCCAAGACGUCAGCUGCUUCCAGAGAAAAAUUAACCCUGGCUCUUUUCCCGGUAUCUAUAAUCCUGAUUCCAGUAGAAGCCCUGAUUCCAAUCACAACCUCACAUUCAAUGCAAUAACCACAAGUGAAGAUGAGUGGCCAAAGGUGAAGCAAAAACAGAUGGAAGUUUUUCAUAAUUGCAGUCAGGUGCUGGUUAUAAACCAUGGACAGGAGAAAGCAGUGGGAGUAAUUGAAGAUGAUAAAAGUGAAUUGGCCAACUCCAUUUUUACAGGGCAGUAUAGUGAGGAGGAGUCUGCAAGAUCUUUUCAGGAUGCUCUGAUACAGUGGAGGAAAGAAAGGAGUGAAGGAAAAGAAAACCUUGUUACAACUGAUGCACUGGAGACACCCACCACACCAGUAUUGGUGUCAGCCAUGUCGACCCAGACUGACAUCCCUCCAGGCAGAGAAGCUGAUGGACUAAAAAGAGAAGGAGCAGAAGGGAAGCUAAGAGUGGAGUUUUAUGAAAACAGCCUUACCUACAUGGAUAGGUUGCUCCUAAAGAAGCACCGCAGAACACCAGUUGAAAGUCCUCCAUCACUGGCAUUUGGCAUGGGUUUAAAAUCACCACCUAUCACAGACACAGAGGAAGAGAUGGCCAACAUCCUAACUGCUGAAGAAGAAGAUUUUCGGGAGUACUGUUUAUCACUGCUCAAAGUCCCUGUGAGCAAGAACAGCACUGAGUCACCAGUUUCCACUCCUGAAAUGUAUCUUGUCAUAGAAAUCUUGGAUGAGGAACCCAAUGAUAUGAAGAUGGUGCCUUUGACUGAGCAAAAUUUGAAUAGCAACACAAUACCAUCUAAAUCAUCCGUUCAACAAAAAGUCAAGAAGCCACAUUGCCUUCAUAAUCAGAUUUCAAAAAAUGACUCAGUGAAAGACAGUGAGGAUAUAAUGACCAGUGACAGGCUUUACCUGACUCCAACAGAAGAAGACUCCUGUGCAGAGAAAGCAAGAAUACAAGGACAAUUACCAAGGGAGAAAUCAAGAGAAAUGGCCAACAAUCUGGAAAUGUCUUAUCAAGAGGACUUGAGACCUGCAAAGAAAAAAACUGAGAAAGAUUUUCAAACUGAAGGCACAAGACAGCGGCCAGAAACACCCAUGGUGAUGCAAAAUCAGACUGCUGGGUUUGGAUCAGAGCAGUUCUGUGAUCUGGAUGGGUUUUUGCCUUUAGGUUUGGACACGGAUACCGGUCACCCAGACUCACCAGAGCAGACUCACUGUGACAGACUUCACACAUUCCAAUUUUCAGUGCGUGCCUCAGACCCAACAGUGCAUCGUUCACACAGCAGCCUUGGACGUCACUCUGAGGAAUACCUGCUUUGCGAAGUAAUGAAGGACAGAUAUGCAGAGCCAACAGGAAUUCAAAUGCAUUCAACCCAGAGAGAAGAAAUGUCAGCAAAUGAACUCAGAACAUCUGGUUGUCAACUUUCUCAAGCUGCACAAGUGAUUAUGGAGAUCUGCGGUUUGGACCAGAAUGGCUGUGAGGACCCUGAUAUGGACACUGACAUGACCGCACGAAUGCUGCACAUUAUGGAGCAGGAACUACAACUUCUGGCAAAUACACAAUGCAUACCGAACCAAGCUUUCAGUUUGGAGUCAGACGGCAAUGGAGGGGAAAACGAAGAUGAGAGUCAACAUUUGAAAUGGGAUGACUCCAGCAGGGAACAACACCAAGAGGAGAAUACUGCAGAGAGAGACCAACAAAGCGUCCUCGUACUGCCAUGAGUCAUGUACUGACAGAGACAAGCAAAUGAAAUUUACAAUUUGUUCAAAUUGUGUUUAUGUGUUGUGCAGAUGCGUUUUACCCGCAUUUAUAUAAAUGUAGCAGUUAUAAUAAAUACUGUUUUGAUUUGC